AUGAGAAUCAGAAAUUAUCAGAAGGCCUGAGAGUCUUCAGAGAAGGACCAGACUCAACUCCAUAGAGAUGUAGAAGCCAAGGUUUUGAAGCUAGACUCUAAAUAUUCAGAUCUCUGCUUUGAGGUAUUCACAGAGAAGCUUGAUUUUAAUGGGUACCUUGAAGGAGAUGUCUGAAGUCCGAAAAGAUUUUACCUUGGCUCUGAUAAUUACGAAGCCAAGAAUUUCUUUAGAAAACAUCGGAAGCUGAAUCAAACAAUAAAAGAAGUUGAUUUAGUCAAAAUUUUAAUCCUUCCAAACCAAAGUUUUGGUAAAUCAUUGAUCAAGCUAUUAAUAAGCCCGAAGUCGGUCAUCAAGGCAGAGGAUUUUCAUAUCUAUAAUUUUACCAAGAUGGUAUCUCAAAAAUAUUCACUAGUGAAGAGUACCUGAUCAAGCCUUUGGAAUUAUACUCGUUCAGCAAGCUUAGAGUACUUUCGGUUGAAGCCGACUCAUAUUCAGAGAAUCAUUAUUUCAGGAAGACAUCUGGAGAAUAUCUUAUUUGGAAAAUGCUGGAUUUUAGAACAGGAAUGAGAGCCCACUUUUAAGAAUUAUAGCUUGGUUGUAAACAUGGAAACAGUGGAGUUCUACUGCUGCUCUCCAGUCACGAUUUACAAGGAUGAAAGGUGUGUUCUCAUUUGCACUAUAAUGAAUGAGAUCCUCAAUUCUACAUAUAGAAAGACAUUCUGAGUUACCAUGAGUUGGGGCGAUAGAGUGAUCAUGUCAAAAGAGGAGAUUAUUCAAGAUUUAGAUUGUGAAUAUGCUAGAGACAAGAUAGAAAUAAAUGAAGGCGAAGUAAAGUUCCAUUUGAAUACAUAAGUGAUGCUUUUUAUUCUUCAACAGCUG